UGGUGAAUCGUGCGUCAGCUGAUAGAAUAGCGCGCACCACUUGUCCUUCGGAUAGGGAGAGACUGUCAUUUCUUCGCGUAUUUGAGCGAAUUACAGUUAUAUUGUAGAAAAUGCCGUCUCUUUUAUUUUGCGGUCCGAAAAUGGCCGCAUGUGGGAUCGUGUUAAGCAUAUGGGGAGUUAUCAUGCUGGUGAUGCUGGGCAUCUUCUUUAGUGCAAAGUCAGCCGUGCUUAUUGAAGACGUUCCUUUCACUGAGGAAGAUAUCCGCAAUGACAAGAACCCACCAGGGACAAUAUAUGGCCUAUACAAUCAAGUGGGCAUCAACUGUUUCAUUGCAGCCGCCAUCUAUGUGGCAGUGGGGGCUGUCUCUCUUUUACAGUUCAGGUUGAACAAGCGUCAGGAAUACAUGGUCCAGUAACUCACUCACCAAGCUGGACACAGUUCUGCCAAUUGAAGACCAGAUUCUAUGCAGGGAAAGGUGGAAUUUGCUAAUUUCACUUAUCCUUGUUUAUUUAUUUAUUAGUACAUGUGUUGUGGUAAUCAUCAUUCCUGUUCUGCUUGUUAAAGUUCAUCAUGAUAUUUCUUUCAGGAUGUAUGCUGUGAACUAUAUUUUGAAGCAAAACAAACCUUCCAGACUUUUAAUUGUACAUACAAAACCCUGUUAUGUCCUAUACAAACCCUUGUCAUGUAUGAUACACAAAGGCUAGAUUGUACAUAAUUAUUUGGAUAAUGUUACAACUUAGACUAUCUAUUGAUCCAGGAGGGCGCACUGACCGACUAGUCAAAGUGGACACAACAUACAAAUCUCUGUAGUUAAUGAUGAUCAAGAGUAGUUGUAGGAAAGGCAGGUGUUAAUGUUUACACACAUUAAAUUCUCUAUCUGUGCUAGUGUGAUGCAAAAUCAUAUACUAUUGUAGUGGUCACAAUGUUUUAUGACAGUCUUGUGUUGUGAAACCAUGGGGUAUGCCGAAACAUACUUGAGAUGUCUUAUUUGUCUGCUGUGUAAAAUGAAACUGUCUAUGAAGACCAAGGAGUGAACUGCAGCCAUGUCUUUGAAACGUGUGUGUGUGUGUAUUGAUGAGGAUUUCUUUAAAAUAUAUUAUUACAAAAAUAUGUUUGUUUUGCGAAAAUGAAUUGUCCUUUACUGUACAUGAUUCACAAAUUAAAGUCCAGAAUGGGUUAUAACAAUCAA